GUUGUCGUGAGUGCCUCUGAGGAAGGCAGGUUUUUGGGGGCGUCUUGCGCUCGCUGAGGGGGCACCUCGGGAACAAUGGCGGAAGGAGAUAAUCGCAGUACCAACCUGCUGGCUGCAGAGACUGCAAGUCUGGAAGAGCAGCUGCAAGGAUGGGGAGAAGUGAUGCUGAUGGCAGAUAAAGUCCUCCGAUGGGAAAGAGCCUGGUUUCCACCUGCCAUCAUGGGUGUGGUUUCUUUGGUGUUUCUGACCACUGAGCAACAGCAGAGAUUCCAUGAAAUUUGCAGCAAUCUAGUAAAAACUCGACGCAGAGCUGUGGGCUGGUGGAAACGCCUCUUUACGCUAAAGGAAGAAAAGCCUAAAAUGUACUUCAUGACCAUGAUCAUUUCUCUUGCUGCGGUUGCUUGGGUGGGACAGCAAGUCCACAACCUCCUUCUCACCUACCUGAUAGUGACUUUCUUACUCUUGCUUCCUGGACUAAACCAACAUGGAAUCAUUUCGAAGUACAUUGGAAUGGCCAAAAGAGAGAUAAACAAGCUUCUCAAACAAAAAGAAAAGAAACAUGAAUAAUGCAUCUGCUUUACUCAGUGUGAUUAAUGGCGUAUACAUUGUCCUUGGGGACAGUGUCUGUUAUGCUGUCUGGAUACUAAAAUGUUACAGAUGUAGCUCUUUGCUGUCCCUCAUUCUGCCCUUAAUUAGUAGAAAUUCCGACUUGCCAAGUAGGGCUUUACACCCAGUGUCUUCAAGGGUUUGUUGUCAUCAGCUGGCCUUAUAUGGACAACUCAUUCAUCAUUACCACUUGUCUUGGUUUUUCUCACCCAGGGUUAAUUGAACUCUUACCUUUAAAAUAAUAUAGUGGUGAACUUCAUCCUUUAGUACAGUUAACAGUGGCUUGGGAUAACUGUUCAAGUUGAUCUUUGCUUUAGCUGGAUACAAGAUCGUGGUCUGUGACUACAGGAAGCUGGUUCUACUGUCUGCUUCCACACUCUGCUUAAA